AUGGGAGUGGAUUUGAGGCAAGUGGUUGCUGGGAUACUCACCAUCACCAUGUUCGUCAUGCUUGGUGAUAUGCUCAAGAGGGAUUACAUUGACAAUCCUGAAGAAAGGUUUCCCGGCGAAGCCAGAGAUGUUGGGUUUGAUAGCGGGAACGUUAUGGAGAAGUUUUCAAUGAAGACUAACGGUCCUUGGAUGGAAGAGAGCGAAGCGCUUACACCUUGUUGGAAAAAGAAGGCUGAUUUUGAUGAGAUAGAGGAUUACAAAGGGUUUGUCACGUUCUCGUUAACGAAUGGACCGGAGUAUCACGUCUCACAGAUUAGUGAUGCUGUGGUGAUUGCUAGAUAUCUGCAGGCAACUCUUGUACUUCCUGAUAUUAGAGGAGACCGACCAGGCGAUGAGAGGAAGUUUGAAGACAUCUAUGACGUCGGGAAAUUCAUCAAUGGUUUGGAUGGGGUAGUUAAAGUGGUGAGAGAGCUUCCGGAUUCUGUAUCAAUUCGAGAUUUUGAAGUUGUCAGGGUACCCAAUCGAGUUUCAGAAGCAUACAUUGCAGAGAAAAUUGAACCAGUCUUUAGAAGCAAGGGUAACAUCAGAGUGGCAAGUUACUUCCCCUCUGUAAACAUGAGGAAGACCCCACAGAAGGACGGCAGUGAUACACUCGCAUGUUUGGCCAUGUUUGACACUUUGGAGUUGAAGCCUGAGGUUAAUGAGGUGGUCGACGAUAUGGUUGCAAGGUUGAAAACUUUGAGCCACAAUUCUGGUGGUCGGUUUAUAGCAGUGGACUUGAGAGUUGACAUGUUGGAAAAGAAGGGUUGUAAUGGAGGUGCCAGUGCAACAAAGAGCUGUUACAAUGCACAUGAGAUUGCCCUAUUCUUGAGGAAGGUUGGAUUUGGGAGUGGCACCGUGAUCUAUCUAACUCAGUCAAGGUGGGACGAGAGUCUCGAUGUGUUGAAGGACAUCUUCCCUAAAACUUACACAAAGGAAAGUGUAAUGCCAGCGGAGAAGAAGUCGAGGUUCUUGGAGUCGGAAGAUUCGGAGUUUGAGAAGGUCAUCGACUACUACUUGUGUUCCAGAAGUGAUGUCUUUGUACCGGCCAUCUCUGGCCUGUUCUAUGCGAAUGUAGCCGGUAGGAGAAUAGCCACCGGCAAAACUCAAAUACUAGUACCAGCUGAGAUUCCCGGUACAUCAUCACCAAUCACCAGUCAUUUCUCUCCAUACAUUUCAAAAAGGAAUCACAUGGCCCAUACAUGUUUUUGCUAG